GUUGUUAAGUGGAAAAUGGAGGCUGAAUUUUACAUGGCGAUUCUUACCAGCCUGAUCUUCGGGAGCUCGGAGGGGUUUCAGAUUGUCCAUGUCCAGAAACAUCAGUGCCUUUUCGUAAAUCAGAGAGUGAUCGUGGGAGCCUGCAAUGGUACCAGCCAGAACCAGCAGUGGCUGUGGGCUGAGGAUGGAAACCUCCUCCAUGUUGGAUCUGCACUGUGCCUGGGCAUCUCCAACUCCUCCGGUGGCCCUUCCCGUGCAGCUGUCCUCACCCCCUGCUCCCAGGCACCCCGAUGGACCUGCUACGAGCAGGAAGGGUUCCUGGAGGUCGAAAAUACCUCCUUCUUUCUCAAGAAACAAGGCCCCAAAGUAGUGGUCAAGAAAGGCAGGAAAUACCUCCAUAGCUGGAUGAAAAUAAUCAUCAACAAGGAGGGGAAAGUGGUCAAUGAAAGCCUCUGCUUAAAAGAAGCUGGCCUGGGAGCAGAAGUUUCAGUAAGGAGCACUAGAAACAUGGCUCCUCCCCAGAUCCCCACUACUUUUAAUACAGUUCCAUAUAGCCCGGAGCACCUUAUUAGGAACACCACAGAGGCCUUUAUCAUCAAUACUACAGAAAACCACAGCCACAACAGCAGCAAGAAACCUUACCCCAAUCUGCAUGCAACUGGAAUUGCAGAUACAUCGUGGAUACCAUCAACUACUUGGCCCUUCUCCAGCACCACUAAAGAGACUGGACUGGCAGAGUCAGUGAGAUGUAACUUCACCCUGACGGAGUCCAGGGUCUCCAGCUUGUCGGUGUCUAUCCAGUGGAGAACUUUAGGGUCACCAUGUAACUUUAGCCUCAUCUAUAGCGGUGACACCUCAGGGCCUUCAUGGUGCCACCCCAUUCAGAUAGACAACACUACCUAUGGAUGUACCCCCAAGGAUUUACAAGCAGGAACCAUCUACAACUUCAGGAUUGUUUCUCUGGACGGAGAAGAGAGAACCGUGGUCUUGCAAACAGAUCCUUUACCUCCUGCUAGGUUUGGAGUCAGUAAAGAGAAGACUACUUCAACCAGCCUGCAUGUUUGGUGGACUCCAUCUCCUGGAAAAGUCACCUGGUAUGAGGUGCAGUUAUUAGAUGAUAAUAACCAAAAGAUGCAAGGUGUCCAAAUUCAAGGAAGUACAUCACGGAAUGAACACACAUUUUUAAACCUCACUGCUGGUAAUUAUUAUAAUGUUGCCAUCACAGCUGUCUCUGGAGAGAAACGUUCCUCUACAGUUUAUACCAAUGGGUCAACAGUGCCAUCUCCAGUGAAAGAUAUUGGUAUUUCAUCAAAAACUAAUUCUCUCCUGAUUUCCUGGUCCCAUGGUUCUGGAAAUGUGGAACAAUACAGGCUGAUGCUAAUGGAUAAAGGGAUCCUAGUUCAUGACAGUAUUGUGGACAAAAGCGAUACCUCCUAUACUUUUCAUGGGCUGAUACCUGGCCACCUCUACAACCUCACUAUUGUGACUAUGGCUGCAGGACUGAAGAACCACAGGUGGAAAUUAGUCAGGACAGCUCCCAUGGAAGUCUCAAAUUUGAAGGUGACAAAUGAUGGCAGUUUGACCUCUCUAAAAGUCAAAUGGCAAAGACCUCUUGGAGAUGUGAAUUUCUACAAUGUGACCCUGUCUCACCAAGGGACCAUCAAGGAAUCCAGAGUAUUAGCACCUCAGGUCAUUGAAACUCACUUUAAAGACUUAGCUCCUGGACGACUUUAUCAAGUUACUAUCAGCUGUAUUUCUGGUGAACUCUCUGCUCAGAAGAUGAUAAUGGGCAGAACAGUUCCAGACAAGGUUAGGGACCUAGAGGCAAACAACAAUGGUUGGAUGAGGUCCCUCGUGGUGAGCUGGUCGCCCCCUGCUGGAGACUGGGAGCAGUAUCGUAUCCUGCUCUUCAAUGACUCUGUAGCACUGCUCAACACCACUGUGGGAAAGGAGGAAACACAGUAUGUCAUGGAUGGUGUGGGUCUCAUACCCGGAAGACAGUAUGAGGUAGAAGUCAUCGUUGAGAGUGGAAAUAUGAAGAAUUCUGAACGUUGCCAAGGCAGGACAGUUCCCCUGGCUGUCCUUCAGCUUCGGGUCAAACAUGCUAAUGAAACUUCACUGGGCAUCAUGUGGCAGACCCCUGCUGCAGAGUGGGAGAAAUACAUCAUCUCUCUAGCCGACAGAGACCUCUUACUCAUCCACAAGUCGCUCUCCAAAGAUGCCAAAGAAUUCACUUUUACUGAUCUGGUACCUGGACGAAAAUACACAGCUACAGUCACCAGUAUUAGUGGAGACUUAAAAAAUUCCUCUUCAAUAAAAGGAAGAACAGUACCUGCCCAAGUAACUAGCCUGCAUGUGACCAACCAAGGGAUGACCAGUAGUCUAUUUACCAACUGGACUGAGGCCCUGGGAGACAUAGAAUUCUACCAAGUCUUACUGAUUCAUGAAAAUGUGGUCAUCAAAAAUGAAAGUGUUCCCAGUGAGACCAACAAAUACAGCUUCCACUCUCUGAAAUCGGGCAGCCUUUACUCCGUGGUGGUAACAACAGUGAGUGGAGGGAUCUCCUCCCGACAAGUGGUGGUGGAAGGAAGAACAGUCCCUUCCAGUGUGAGUGGCAUGACGGUGAACAAUUCAGGUCGUAAUGACUACCUCAGUGUUUCCUGGCUGCCAGCGCCUGGAGAUGUGGAUAACUAUGUGGUGACCCUCUCCCACGACAGCAGGGUGCUUCAGUCCCUGGUCAUUGCCAAGUCUGUCAGUGAGUGUUCCUUCAGCUCCCUCACCCCAGGCCGCCUCUACAAUGUGACCAUAACUACAAGGAGUGGCAAGUAUGAGAAUCAUUCCUUCAGCCAAGAGCGGACAGUGCCUGACAAGGUCCAAGGAGUCAGUGUUAGCAACUCGGCCAGGAGUGACUACCUAAAGGUAUCCUGGGUGCAUGCCACUGGAGACUUUGAUCACUAUGAAGUCACCAUCAAAAACAAAAACAACUUCAUUCAAACCAAGAGCAUUCCCAAGUCGGAAAAUGAGUGUAUAUUUGUUCAGCUAGUCCCUGGACGGUUGUACAGUGUCACCGUUAGUACAGUAAGCGGCCAAUAUGAAGCCAGCGAACAAGGGAAUGGAAGAACAAUCCCAGAGCCCGUUAAGGAUCUAAUACUGCGGAAUAGGAGCACUGAGGACCUGCAUGUGACUUGGUCACGAGCUGAUGGGGACGUUGACCAGUAUGAGAUUCAAUUGCUCUUCAAUGACAUGAAAGUAUUUCCUCCUUUUCACCUAGUAAAUACUGCAACCGAGUACAGGUUCACCUCCCUAACACCAGGGCGCCAGUAUAAAAUUCUCGUCUUGACGAUAAGUGGGGAUGUACAGCAGUCAGCCUUCAUUGAAGGCCUAACAGUUCCUAGUGCUGUCAAAAAUAUUCAUAUCUCUCCCAAUGGAGCAACAGAUAGCCUGACGGUGACCUGGACCCCAGGUGGCGGAGAUGUUGAUUCCUACGUGGUGUCCACCUUCAGGCAGAAUCAGAAGGUUGAGUCUCAGACCAUCCCCAAGCACGUCUCUGAGCACACGUUCCACAGACUGGAGGCGGGGGAACAGUACCAGAUUGUGAUUGCCUCUGUCAGCGGGUCGCUGAGGAACCAGAUAGACGCACUCGGCCGGACAGUUCCAGCAUCUGUCCAGGGACUAAGUGCAGACAAUGCAUACAGCAGUCAUUCCUUAAUAGUAAGUUGGCAAAAAGCUGCUGGUGUGGCAGAAAGAUAUGAUGUCCUGCUUCUAAAUGAAAAUGAAAUUCUUCUGAGUAACACAUCAGAGCCAGCUACUGCCAAACAGCACAAAUUUGAAGAUCUGACACCAGGCAAGAAAUACAAGAUACAGAUUCUAACCGUCAGCGGAGGCCUCUUUAGCAAGGAAUCCCAAACUGAAGGCCAAACAGUCCCGGCAGCUGUCACCAACCUGAGGAUCACAGAAAACUCCACUAGACACCUGUCCUUCAGUUGGACCGCCUCAGAGGGGGAGUUCAACUGGUAUAACAUCUUUCUGUACAACCCGGAUCGAACUCUUCAGGAGAGAGCCCAAGUGGACCCACAAAUCCAGAGCUUCUCUUUCCAGAACUUGCUACAAGGCCGAAUGUACAAAAUGGUGAUCGUAACUCACAGUGGGGAGCUGUCUAAUGAGUCUUUCAUUUUUGGAAGAACAGUCCCAGCCCCUGUGAGUCAUCUCAAAGGAUCCAAUCGGAACAUGACAGAUAGUCUUUGGUUCAGCUGGAGUCCAGCUCCUGGGGACCUCGACUUUUAUGAACUGAUUCUCUACAAUCCCAAUGGCACGAAAAAGGAAAACUGGAAAGACAAGGACCUGACAGAGAGGCGUUUUCAGGGUCUUGUCCCUGGAAGGAAGUACACACUGUGUGUGAUAACUCACAGUGGAGAUCUCAGCAAUAAGGUCACAGGGGAGGGCAGAACAGCCCCAAGUCCUCCCAGUCUUUUGUCAUUUGCUGAUGUUGCAAACACAUCUUUGGCCAUCACCUGGAAGGGACCCCCAGACUGGACAGACUACAAUGACUUUGAGCUACAAUGGCUCCCCAGAGAUGCACUCACUGUCUUCAACCCCUACAGCAACAGAAAAUCAGAAGGACGCAUUGUGUAUGGUCUUCGUCCAGGGAGAUCCUAUCAGUUCAGCGUCAAGACUGUCAGUGGAGAUUCCUGGAAAACCUACAGCAAACCAAUUUCUGGAUCUGUGAGAACAAAGCCAGACAAAAUACAAAACCUGCACUGCCGGCCCCAGAACUCGACAGCCAUUGCCUGCUCUUGGAUUCCUCCCGAUUCUGACUUCGAUGGGUAUAGUAUUGAAUGCCGCAAAAUGGACACCCAAGAAAUUGAGUUUUCCCGAAAGCUGGAGAAAGAAAAAUCUCUGCUCAACAUCAUGAUGCUGGUACCCCAUAAGAGGUACCUGGUGUCCAUCAAGGUGCAAUCAGCCGGUGUGACCAGCGAGGUGGUUGAAGACAGCACCAUCACAAUGAUAGACCGUCCUCCUCCUCCACCCCCACAUGUUCGUGUGAAUGAGAAGGAUGUGCUAAUUAGCAAAUCUUCCAUCAACUUUACUGUCAACUGCAGCUGGUUCAGUGACACCAACGGAGCUGUGAAAUACUUCACAGUGGUGGUGAGAGAGGCUGAUGGCAGCGAUGAGAUGAAGCCAGAACAACAGCACCCUCUCCCUUCCUACCUGGAAUACAGGCACAAUGCCUCCAUUCGAGUGUAUCAAACCAAUUAUUUUGCCAGCAAAUGUACCGAAAGUCCUGACAGCAACUCCAAGAGUUUUAACAUUAAGCUUGGAGCAGAGAUGGAUAGCCUAGGUGGAAAAUGCGAUCCUACUCAGCAAAAAUUCUGUGAUGGACCACUGAAGCCACACACUUCCUACAGAAUCAGCAUUCGGGCUUUUACUCAGCUGUUUGAUGAAGACCUGAAAGAAUUCACAAAGCCACUCUAUUCUGACACAUUUUUCUCUUUGCCUAUCACCACUGAGUCAGAGCCCUUGUUUGGAGUCAUUGAAGGUGUGAGUGCUGGCCUGUUUUUAAUUGGCAUGUUGGUGGCUCUCGUUGCCUUCUUCAUCUGCAGACGGAAAACAAGCCAUGGUCGAGAAAGGCCCUCUGCCCGCCUGAGCAUUCGUAGGGAUCGACCAUUAUCUGUCCACUUGAAUCUGGGCCAGAAAGGUAACCGGAAAACUUCUUGCCCCAUAAAAGUAAAUCAGUUUGAAGGGCAUUUCAUGAAGCUGCAGGCUGACUCCAACUACCUUCUAUCCAAGGAAUAUGAGGACUUAAAAGACGUGGGUCGAAACCAGUCGUGUGACAUCGCACUCUUGCCGGAAAAUAGAGGGAAAAAUCGAUACAACAAUAUAUUGCCCUAUGAUGCCUCAAGAGUGAAGCUGUCCAACGUAGAUGAUGACCCGUGCUCUGACUACAUCAAUGCCAGCUAUGUCCCAGGCAACAACUUCAGAAGAGAAUACAUCGCUACUCAGGGACCGCUUCCUGGCACCAAGGAUGACUUCUGGAAAAUGGUGUGGGAACAGAACGUUCACAACAUUGUCAUGGUGACCCAGUGUGUUGAGAAGGGCCGGGUAAAGUGUGAUCAUUACUGGCCAGCGGAUCAGGACUCCCUCUACUAUGGGGACCUCAUCCUGCAGAUGCUCUCAGAGUCGGUGCUGCCUGAGUGGACCAUCAGGGAGUUUAAGAUAUGCAGUGAGGAGCAGCUUGAUGCAAACAGACUCAUCCGUCACUUUCACUAUACAGUGUGGCCAGACCACGGAGUCCCAGAGACCACCCAGUCCCUCAUCCAGUUUGUGAGAACUGUCAGGGACUACAUCAAUAGGACUCCAGGUGCUGGGCCCACCGUGGUGCACUGCAGUGCUGGUGUGGGUAGGACUGGAACCUUUAUUGCGUUGGACCGAAUCCUUCAGCAGUUAGACUCCAAAGACUCCGUGGACAUUUAUGGAGCUGUGCAUGACCUAAGACUUCACAGGGUUCACAUGGUCCAGACUGAGUGUCAAUACAUAUAUCUACAUCAGUGUGUAAGAGAUGUCCUCAGAGCAAGGAAGCUACGGAGUGAACAAGAAAACCCCUUGUUUCCAAUCUAUGAAAAUGUGAAUCCAGAGUAUCACAGAGAUGCAGUCUAUUCAAGGCAUUAAGAAUGUACUCGAAGAUCUCCUGGAUAAAAAAAUUUUCACUGUGUGAUUUUGUUUUAAAAAAAAUUUGCUUCUUGCCCUGCAGAGGUGCCAACUAUUUCUGUCAAUACUAUGUAUAAUUUAUUAAUCUGGAGAAUGUUAAAGAAUUUAUGUAAUUUAAAGGUAACAGAUAUUAUUGUACAUAGUUGUAUUUUGUAGUUUUUUCUGUAAAUAUGUAUUUUUUCAUAAUGUUUAAUAUUAAGCUUUAUAUAAUACUAUUUUUUCACCCAAAAGUGUUCAUGGCUUGUUCUACGUAAACCAAUUCAACCUGUAUGGCAGGAUUACUGGUAAAAUGGGCAUGGAAGUGUUUGCAGAGAAAGAUCCCUCGGGCUGUGUGUUUCUUACCUGCUGUAAUAUUCGCUGGACAGGAUAAAGAGCAGGGACUAGAGAGAACAUAUAGCAUGGCUAGCUUUGCUGCACUGCUGUCCCAUGAAUCUUGAAGUCCACGUAUGAUUCAGAUGUUAUUAGGAUAAAUAAAAGUCAAAACAGGAUUAGGAUAGCGGGAAUAAUUCUGUUUAGAGUGGAUGCUUAGUAUGCAUUGAUCAUAAACAUGAAAAAAAAGAAAAAAUAAAGUACUAGGACAGGAAUUUUUCAGAUUCAUGCAUCAGACUGUACCAAAGCUGAGCUUUGUCAUUUUGACUAAAUGAGCUGCUCUUUGCUCUUGUUCCUGCCACAGAUUCAAGCCCAAGUAGCCAGAUCAGGGGUCUUGUGACUUUAGUACAAGCUCAGGCUGCAGGGUUGAGGGAAUUCCUUGUGUUAAGAAGAAUCUCAGCUGUACCCUGACUGGAAACAAAGCACACAAAACUCCAUGCGUAGUAACUAGAGAUUAUUUUGCUGCAUUCACAGUGUGGAACAUGAACAUGCUUACCUGUGCUGUAGUGUUGGCUUAUGGACACACACUGGUCCUUGUCUUCUUUCCAGUGGUCUGCUUUCCUGGAGAGGUCAUGUUUAGUUUUCCCAUGAAAAGAUUAUGUUGGCAGAUUAUGCUCUUGGUCAAAGGAUCUAAUACCAACAUUGUCAUAGAAACUUCUAUCAACAUCAUAUAUAGCUAAUUAAAAAGCAAACAGCAACAAAAACAAAAUUGCAGUGGUUUUUAGUGCAAAUUUUUCCAAAAGAUUUUUAUAGUCGGUCAAUGAAGUCAAAAUUUCAAGUCACCUAAAGUUGCAUUUAAUAUAAAAGGCCAUACGUACUCUACCAAGUUAAUCCUCAGUAUUUGUGCCUUAUUUUGAUUAUGACAAAUUUCAGGGAGUCGGGAAGUGGGCAUUGCCUUUAUCAAGGUUCAGUUCUAAGAGCCUUUCUGGGAAAAAUCAUAAAAAAACUUUUUUUUUUGUCAAAGUAUCUUGCUACUAACAUAAAUUUCCAUUAAUAGUAUAACAAGUCUUAUUGUGCCUAAAAUAUUUAUAUUUAUAUAACUCUGUACCCAACUUGGGAAUUUUUCUGGGGUGAUUUGAAGUAUCGAAAUAGAGGGACACUUCACAAGGAUGAAUGUGCAGAGUAACAAAAGGAUUCAAAGUUUUCCCAGCUUCUUUGUGCCCUUGUAAAGUGACAGCAUUAGGCUCUGAUUCAGGAUCAGGGAACUAAAUAGCUACUCUAGGAAAGAAAUGGAACAACGUUUGUGUUAAGUGAGGCAGAUAUGCACCGGGAGGGAAACAGAGGUCAGUAACUUAGGAGGUUUGAUAUUGAUGAAGAAUCAUUUUAUCUACACUAUAAAGAAAAGCAAGAAGAAAACAAAACAUUUUCAAACUAAGAUUAUUCUGUGCAAAGCACAUUGAUGCCUGAAGAGAGAAAUUCAUUUUUGACUUUUCACUCCUUCAGAAAACUUUUAGUAAGGGCCGGCAAACACUACCAGAAUCUACAUUUCUACCCACAUUCAUAGAACACAUGGUAAUAAUAAAGUUAAGGCCAUUGUCACCAUUUUCAUUUGAAUUUAAAAGAGGACCUGGGCAAAGGACUGAGAUUACUGAGCCAGUCUAGAGCAGUGGUCACCUUCCAGGAGCCUCUCUCUGGCAAGUAAUGAGGCUGCUUCUGUAGCAACCACUGGAUCCAAAUGAGAGCAACUGACAGUGCGCAGCCCGGGAGUCACAGCCCUUAACAACCUACACAUCUGUAACAGUAAAUAACACACACCUGGCAACAUCGGAGAUGGAAUCAGAGUUACAGAAAUGAAUACGAGGAGGGGAAGCUGUACUUUUUUUUUUUUUAGUCUAAUCCAGGAAAUAUUGAUUCCUACUCUACACCUAAUUUUAAAUCUCCUUAGCAACAAAUAUUACACUAUUCCCUUUUGCUCCCAGGAAGACUAAAUACGUAAUAUAGUUGAUCUAUUCAUUAAAUUUAAGAGAAGGGAAAAAAAAGACUUCCUUGACAUUCAGCUCAAUUGGAUAUAUUUCCAUUUAAUUGCAUCAUGGGGCUGGUCUCAGCAAACAUUCCGUUUCCUGUCUUGGUGGGCAUCCUGUCUGUGCACCUGUGGGGUACACUUUAAUCAUCAAGGUUUCCAAGUGGUUUGGAGCUCUCAAAUCUACGGAGAGUCCUGUCUUGCAUCUUAAUCAUUAUUUAUCCAAGUUCCUUAUAAUUAACUCCUUUAAUCUCUUCUCAUUAAAUCAAUUUUGUAUUAUCAUGAAGUCUUUCUCUGAAAAGCAGCCAGUUUUUCAGCUCUUGAAUCAGUUCUUCAGAGAUGUACUUCCCUGUCUGGGCUUGCACAUAUUUGUCCUAAUAACUUCCCAACCCUUAGUCCUCUAAGCUCCAUGGCUUGCCCCCUCUCCCUGUCAAAUAUGUUUGCUCUGCUGGUUGAAUGUGAUUUUUCCUUCUGUUCUUCUUAAUGCUUUGUACCCAUUGGUAUAAUUUUAUAGGCUCCACGGUAUAAAAGAGAUAACCAUGCUCUCAUUUUCAAAUACUGAAAUGCGACAAAACAGUUUGGGAUUUGUUUUUUGGCGGGGAGGGUCUUUAAUUAAUUUUGUUAUUACCUCCUGGAAGAAAGCCCAAAAUGACAUGAAAAAAAUAAUAUGAAGCCAUUUAGCAGAGAAUCCAGUUUCCUAAUUAAAUACUCUCCUUACCCUUUGUAACAAAAUUAUCUGCCAUCUACCAAAUUCUUGUUCACUUAGCUGUCUGGGAAUUCCUUGAGGUUGGAAUCCUGAAAUCCUAAACCUCACAGAUCCGCCUGAUAGUGAAGGGUCCCAUCCGAGACCCAGCUCUUGGGUACUCUGGUAUAUCAGUUCACACACGUGGACCAAACCAAACCUGACUUAGCAACAUGAAUAGGUGAUAAGCUGCUGGCUUAUGGUAACUGAUCAGCCAAGGUGGAGUGGCCAGAAGGGAAGAGUGGUCCUCCUCCAAAUGGAGUGAGCAAGCUCUCAGCCCUUCCUCAUUCCUGAAGAGUCAAGAGUAGAAAAUGUCAUAUUUACCUAAAUGUCUUGUUCAUUUCCAGAGGAUCUUUAGUCUGAGAUUUAGAAUCACAUCAGGCAUGCAAAGAAUGUUUCACAUCAAAGAAAACUGCAAAGCAUGACUGCAGGCAGCAAAUAAAAUGACACAAAGAUGGGAAAAUAUUUGAAUAAAAGGAAUUGAACCAGA